UAACAACAAAAUUUCCAAAGCGAGCGAUUCGAUUCAAGCGAGUCACAAACCCAACUCGCCAUCACUUCCAUCUUUCAACUUGCUGUGCCGUCUCUCUUCUUUCUCUGAUUGAUUGUAUGGUGAUUUUUGUGGUGGGUUUUGAUCAGUUAAGUCAAUGGUAAAGAGUUAAGUCAAUGCUACAUAAAGAUAUGAUGAGUUUUGGGUAUUUGGGUAAUGGAGGAUUAUCAUCAUCAGCUUCGAAUUUAUCGCCUUUAGCUCCUCCUUUUACAGUUGAUCGGGCGAAUCCAAAAUUUGAUCCGAACCCGAUUGGUAAUUUUAGUGAACCAAACGCCUAUGGUGUACCCUUUAGUUCUUUCCAUAACUGGCAAUACCCUCGGUCAUCGGCUUCCGGGCCUGAGUAUUAUUCUAAUUACGAGUCGGAAAUUGGUCCGUUACACACUGCUGAUUAUUCUUACCUGGGUUCUGAACCAAUCAAUCCACCAACUGCUCAUUGGGCUUCUCCGAACCCUAAUACCACAGACCCGACAAAUAAUCCGUUUUCGUAUUCUGGUGCACCUAAGCAGUACUAUCCUCCUUAUCAGGUGCUUGAUGAUAACGUGUCAUCGGUGGGUCAUGGCGAAGCAAAUUAUGAGUUGCUGUCUAGUUCUGGUCUUGUUGUACCUGUGGUUGGAUCCUCGCAAGUUGAUUACACUCAAGGUUUGUCGAGUAUGGAGUUUGCACCGCCAUGGGGCGGGUAUUGGAAUGGAUUAUCUGAAGGAAAUUGUGGUAGGAGGACGGAUAUUGAUGGUAGUUUUCGCUUUGAAGAGACUGAUUUUCCUGCUCCACAUGUUUACCGAGAUUACUUAAAGCAAGAAGUAGUUCCUGACGAGUUUUUGAGGUGUGAAGUAAAUUCUACGGCUACACAGAGAAUCUAUGCUGCUGUUCCUGAAAAAGAGAAGAAUGGUGGGUCUCUAGCUAAUAACCAGCUAGAUGAUUGUUUGCACCAAAAUCUCAGGUUUAGCCCUACUGAGUCAUCAAAAGGACCUAUCCUUGGAACUAGUACAAAAUUUACAGAAUCUAAUCUCGAAUCACCCAUUCUAGAACCAGUUACAUUUUCCAGUAAUCUUCACCAGUCCAACAGUCUAGGUGGAAAAGGUCUUCAACUAUUUGAUUCUUGCAUCGAUGAUUGCACAUCUGUAACAAAAGCUUCCGUGGUGCCUGUAAUAAGACCACCGAUCGUUGGAACCAGUUUUCCGAUGCAAGAUACAGUUGCUUCUAAAAGUGUAGACAUUGGGGACACUAUAGCUGUUAACAAGAAGGAUGUUGGUAGUUAUAACCAAAUAAUAGAGAAGGAACCUCUUCUUCCUUCAAAUUCUGAAGUUAAAGAAGGUUUCUUGGAUUCAAACCACCUCUGUUUUCAAGCGAGUAGAAAUGACCAGCGCAUAUGUUCCCCAGCCUCCUUUUCUUUGGUAAAGCCACUUUCUAAAAAUUCAUUGAAUCAUGGAAUCAAGAUAAGAGGUCAAAUUCCUGAUAUAAAUGUUCCACAUUGUUCAAGUAUGUCUGUUGAUAACACCGAAGCUAUCAAGCAUACUGCCAAUGCCACCGAAAAUUCUGAUAAUUACAACCCAGCUGAGGAUUCACCAUGCUGGAAAGGAGCUCCGGCUUCUAAUGUUUCUCCAUUUAAAUCUUUAGAAGCUAUACCGGGCCAGAAUCGUUCGAAGAAAUUAGAAACACGUGGCCUUUUGGACUUUGAAGCGGUACACAAGUUUCCUCAUAAUGAGUUUGUAAUGGACUUUUCCAGUCAAGUAUGCGGGCAUAACCUCCGCAAAGAGAAUUUGUCUACUGAUAAUACUAAAGCAGUUCUUCCAAUGAAAAAUCUCAUUGCAACUUUGCCAACUAAAGAAUUCUUAGCAGCUGCUGAUUGUAGAUCAAAGUCUGAUGGCGUUCAACAAAACGAGAAUAAUAGAGAUCAAUAUUCGAGCAAUGUUGAAAGCCCAAUAGAACAAUACAACCUGCUGAAUACAUCAAAGAGUGAUUUUGGCUCUCUGCAGAUUCCGAUCAAACAACUGUUUCCUAAAGAGGUCAAUAUCACAUCUAACAGUGCUGUUGAUGCAGGGAUUAUUACCAGUGAGAACUUAGAAGAUGGCUGCAUCCCGCUGCACUAUGUGGAAAAUGUUCUAUAUUCACCACCUUCUGAAGAAGGAAAGGCUCCUGCUACGGACUCAAGUGAAAAAGUCAAUGUGCAAACUCUAGCUAGUGCUCUGCAUAAUAUUUCAGAAUUGCUAAUUUUAUAUAGUUUUGAUGAUAAAUGGGAACUCAAAGAGCAAGACUCGAAGACCCUUCAGCAUGCAGUGAGCAAUAUUAAUCUGUGCUUGUCAAAGAAGAUUGUUCAGUUGACUCCAAAACAAGAACCAAUAUUCUCUAGCGCAGGCAUUUCUCAUAUACUUAAAGAGAGUGCAACAAAGGCAAGGCUUCAUGCAACAGAUGAAGUUGGGAACACUGCCGUUGAUCAACUUGAUUCAUACUCUACGAAUGAGAAGAAGAGGAUAUUCGGUGUAUCUGAUAAGAAUAUUGAGAAGAUUAUGAAUGUUGUUUCUUUGAAGAAUGAUGCCGACCUUACAAGACAUCAUAAUAUGGUUCAGAACAUCAAGACGGUCCUUGAUGAGAAUUUUCAGUCAGAGGAAAGUAUGUCAUCAGAGACUCUGUUGUACAGGAAUCUGUGGCUUAAUGCAGAAGCCGAGUUGUGUGUUACGGGCUUAAAGUCGCGCUUUAAUAAGGUGAAGAUUCAGUUGGAGGAUUGCAAGUCAUACAAAACAAAAGACAAUUCAGUGGCUCUAAAGAAAAUCCCUAGUACAAACGUCUGUAGUGACCCUCACCUAGAUGUUGCCAGCGGGUCGACUCCUGAAGCUGAUGAUAUCCUAAAGCAAAAAGCAUCAGUCCCCUGUAUUUCAAGCACAAAAAGUGAUGUUAAGGAUGAUGAAGCUUCUGUCAUGGCCCGAUUCCAGAUCCUGAAAUGUCGGGAUGACAAUGUAAAUAAUACUAGUAAUUUGGAAGUGAAGUCUUUGCCAGAUGUUGUGCAACCAGUUGAUACUGAUGUUGGUGUUGACGAUUCUGUCAUGGCCAGAUUCCAAAUUCUAAAAUGCCGGGGGGACAAUACUAGGAACGUGGAAGAGAAAUCUCUGCUAGAUGAGGUGCAACCAGAUGAUACUGAUGUUGAGGAUUCUGUCAUGGCUGGAUUUCAAAUUCUAAACUGUCAGGGUGACAAUGCAGAUGCUAGUAAUGUGGAAGAGAAGUCUCUGCCAGAUUUAGUGCAACCAGAUGAUACUGAUUUUGGAGUUCCAUGGCAGAUUACUGGAAGCCAGACUGGGAAAAAAAGUUUUGAUGUGGCAGUGGGAUCUCGUGUUCAUCGCCAUAGUGACCAUGGCAAAACGGAAAAUGUUGGGUUAUCUCCACAUGAUCCUCAGCAUGAAGCAGUGAAAGAGUUCAGUGUAUAUGCCCCGGAUGAUUCAACUACAGUACAAUCCCGGGGCCCGGUCUGGAUUCAAAACAUUCCAUCAGAAUGGGUUAAUUCUACUAUUGCACAACCCCGUGGAAAGAUCAGCAUGCAUAAUGGGCUUGCUCCAGGCCCGGGCUGGAAUAAAGAAAUUCCAUCAGAUUGGGAUGGUUCUACAACAGCACAACCCAUCAGCAUGCAUAUUAUGCCUGCUCCAGGCCCGGGAUGGAAUAAAAACACUCCACUAGAUUGGGAUGGUUUUACUGCAGCACAACGCAUUAGCAUGCAUAAUGAACUUGCUUCAGGCACUGGCUGGAAUAAAAACACUGCAGCAAAUCGGGAUGGUUCCACUACAGCACAACCCAUCAGCAUGCAUAAUGAGCUUGCUUCAGGCCCGGGAUGGAAUAAAAACACUGCAUCCGAUUGGGAUGGUUCUACUACAGCACAAACCAUCAGCAUGCAUAAUGAGCUUGCUCCAGGCCCGGGCUGGAAUAAAAACACUCCAUCAGAUUGGGAUGGCUCUUCUACUGCACGACCCAUCAGCAUGCAUAAUGAGCAUGCAUCGGGCUCAGGCUGGUACGAUAACACUCCAUUGGACUGGGAACACGUGCUAAAGGAUGAUUAUGAAUGGCACAAGUGAAAAAACAGAUAUUGGCAGGUAUAUGCUCUUUUGUUUCACCUGUUUCUACCCAGACAUCUAUAAAUAUUCAAAUACUGUGCCGUGUGAUGUAUAUAUGUGAUAUAAGGAAGGAUCAUCUCCACUUGUGAAUUGUGAUGAUACUGUAAGUGUGAUUCUGCAUGCUGUCUUGUGUUGACAAUUGUAAAGUUCAGUAAAAUGAUGUAUAUAAAUAAGCUGAGCAGCCGUUACUUUAAAGUAAAAAGAACAGGCUCAUGAACUGCCUUUAUGUUUGCA